CUGAAGAAGGGCAAGAGUGACCCCUACGUCAAGAUCAACAUCGGAGGAGUCAGGUUUAAGAGUCAUGUGAUCAAGGAGAACCUCAACCCUACCUGGAACGAGAUGUAUGAGACGGUGAUGACCCCACAGUCAGGUCAGGAGGUCCAGGUAGAGCUGUAUGAUAAAGACAUGGACAAGGAUGACUUCCUGGGCAGGUGUAACAUCAGUAUGAGAGACAUCAUACACUCCCAGUAUACAGACCAGUGGUACACUCUGAAUGAUGUGAAGUCAGGUCGUCUUCACCUGGUACUGGAGUGGGUACCAACAGUAUCACAACCAGACAGAUUGGAUCAGGUGCUGCAGCUGCAGUCUCUCCAGUCCUACCAGAACAAGGCUGUUCCCUCUGCUGCUCUGCUCUUCAUCUACAUGGACAGAGCCCACUCACUGCCUUUGAAGAAGAGUGGGAAGGAGCCAAAGGCUGGAGCUGAGCUUGUUCUGGGGGAGACAACCUACAGAACCAAGGUGUGUGAACGUACCAACUCCCCCCAGUGGGAAGAGGCUUUCUACUUCCUGGUUCGUGACCCCAGAGAGGAGAUUCUCAUAGUGAAGCUGUCCAGUGCUUGGGAUCAGGCGAUGGGUUCUCUGGUGGUACCAGUCAGAGAGCUGCUGUCACAACCAGAUCUGGUCCUGGAUCAGUGGCUGAGUCUAGAUGGAGCCUCACCCUACAGUCAGAUUCUACUGAGGGCUGAACUCAAGGUGCUGUGUCCCAAGAAGUGUGAGAUUGAUGUGGAGAGGGCAGAUCAACCCAGAGCUCGAGCCACCUCCACUGCUGAACAGAUACUGGAGAGAGAGACAGUGCAGCAGAGGUCUAGUUCAGUGGACACUCCCAGUGCUCCAGCCCCCAGCUCUCCCUAUAUCCCAGCACCAGUACCAGAGCCAGAGGAGGCUAAGAGGGUAACAGCUACUGAGAUGGUAGCUGAGAAGGUACCUGAGGAGGUCACUGAGGAACCCAGUCUUCCUGAAAUACUCCCCAGACACACCAACCCUGAGCCCACCUUUGGCUCUGAGGGGGUGCUGAGAAUCCACCUACUGGAGGCCCAGAAUCUAAUCGCCAUGGACAACCUGAUGGGGGGCCUGAAGAAGGGCAAGAGUGACCCCUACGUCAAGAUCAACAUCGGAGGAGUCAGGUUUAAGAGUCAUGUGAUCAAGGAGAACCUCAACCCUACCUGGAACGAGAUGUAUGAGACGGUGAUGACCCCACAGUCAGGUCAGGAGGUCCAGGUAGAGCUGUAUGAUAAAGACAUGGACAAGGAUGACUUCCUGGGCAGGUGUAACAUCAGUAUGAGAGACAUCAUACACUCCCAGUAUACAGACCAGUGGUACACUCUGAAUGAUGUGAAGUCAGGUCGUCUUCACCUGGUACUGGAGUGGGUACCAACAGUAUCACAACCAGACAGAUUGGAUCAGGUGCUGCAGCUGCAGUCUCUCCAGUCCUACCAGAACAAGGCUGUUCCCUCUGCUGCUCUGCUCUUCAUCUACAUGGACAGAGCCCACUCACUGCCUUUGAAGAAGAGUGGGAAGGAGCCAAAGGCUGGAGCUGAGCUUGUUCUGGGGGAGACAACCUACAGAACCAAGGUGUGUGAACGUACCAACUCCCCCCAGUGGGAAGAGGCUUUCUACUUCCUGGUUCGUGACCCCAGAGAGGAGAUUCUCAUAGUGAAGCUGUCCAGUGCUUGGGAUCAGGCGAUGGGUUCUCUGGUGGUACCAGUCAGAGAGCUGCUGUCACAACCAGAUCUGGUCCUGGAUCAGUGGCUGAGUCUAGAUGGAGCCUCACCCUACAGUCAGAUUCUACUGAGGGCUGAACUCAAGGUGCUGUGUCCCAAGAAGUGUGAGAUUGAUGUGGAGAGGGCAGAUCAACCCAGAGCUCGAGCCACCUCCACUGCUGAACAGAUACUGGAGAGAGAGACAGUGCAGCAGAGGUCUAGUUCAGUGGACACUCCCAGUGCUCCAGCCCCCAGCUCUCCCUAUAUCCCAGCACCAGUACCAGAGCCAGAGGAGGCUAAGAGGGUAACAGCUACUGAGAUGGUAGCUGAGAAGGUACCUGAGGAGGUCACUGAGGAACCCAGUCUUCCUGAAAUACUCCCCAGACACACCAACCCUGAGCCCACCUUUGGCUCUGAGAGGGUGCUGAGAAUCCACCUUCUGGAGGCCCAGAAUCUAAUCGCCAAAGACAACCUGAUGGGGGGCCUGAAGAAGGGCAAGAGUGACCCCUACGUCAAGAUCAACAUCGGAGGAGUCAGGUUUAAGAGCCAUGUGAUCAAGGAGAACCUCAACCCUACCUGGAACGAGAUGUAUGAGACGGUGAUGACCCCACAGUCAGGUCAGGAGGUCCAGGUAGAGCUGUAUGAUAAAGACAUGGACAAGGAUGACUUCCUGGGCAGGUGUAACAUCAGUAUGAGAGACAUCAUACACUCCCAGUAUACAGACCAGUGGUACACUCUGAAUGAUGUGAAGUCAGGUCGUCUUCACCUGGUACUGGAGUGGGUACCAACAGUAUCACAACCAGACAGACUGGAUCAGGUGCUGCAGCUGCAGUCUCUCCAGUCCUACCAGAACAAGGCUGUUCCCUCUGCUGCUCUGCUCUUCAUCUACAUGGACAGAGCCCACUCACUGCCUUUGAAGAAGAGUGGGAAGGAGCCAAAGGCUGGAGCUGAGCUUGUUCUAGGGGAGACAACCUACAGAACCAAGGUGUGUGAUCACACCAACUCCCCCCAGUGGGAAGAGGCUUUCUACUUUCUGGUUCGUGACCCCAGAGAGGAGAUUCUCAUAGUGAAGCUCUCCAGUGCUUGGGAUCAGGCAAUGGGUUCUCUGGUGGUACCAGUCAGAGAGCUGCUGUCACAACCAGAUCUGGUCCUGGAUCAGUGGCUGAGUUUGGAUGGAGCCUCACCUGACAGUCAGAUUCUACUGAGGGCUGAGCUUAAGAUCCUGAACUCGAAGAUGACUGAGGGUGUUGGGGUACCACAAGGCUCUGUCUCUGGUCCAGAAACUAUUAUGAGUGGGAGUUACAGUGAGGAGGAAGAACCAAGCACCAGUGAGCAGCCAGUUACUACAACCAUUGAGGAGGACCAACACAGUGAGAUUCCCUCUGAAGAAUCUGUUGCAGUCUCCAGCCAACCCUCUAUCUCUGAACCUGAGGAAGCAGAGGUGGUCUUUGAGGUCCCCAAAGAAGACCCCAGCCCUCCUGAGACACUCCCCACACACACCACCCCUGACCCUAGAUUUGAUACUGAGCUAGCAGAGCCAGAAGAAACUAUCACCAUCACCCAACAGUCAGUCACAGCAGACACUGAGGAGCUCCAACCCUGGCAGGGGCCAAUGGCAGGGUCUGGUACAGAGGACAUUGCCAGAGCUACAGUGUCUAGCCUUCCUUUUGUGUCUGUACCUGAGGAAGCUGAGGCCAUGCCUACUGUCAUCCCUGAAACACGCCCUCCUCACACUACCCCUCACCCAAGCUUUGGCACUGAGGGGGUGCUAAGAAUCCAUGUACUGGAGGCCCAGGAUCUGGUUGCCAUGGAUAAGCUGAUGGGGGGCCUGAAGAAGGGCAAGAGUGACCCCUAUGUCAAGAUAAACAUUGGAGGGGUCAAGUUUAAGAGUCAUGUGAUCAAGGAGAACCUCAACCCCACCUGGAACGAGAUGUUUGAGACGGUGCUGACCCCCCAGGCUGGUCAGGAGGUCCAGGUAGAGCUUUAUGAUAAAGACAUGGAUGCUGAUGACUUCCUGGGCAGGUCUAUGAUUAGGCUGAGUGAUGUCAUUAGUUCCCAGUACACAGACCAGUGGUACGCUCUGAAUGAUGUGAAGUCAGGUCGUCUUCACCUGGUACUGGAGUGGGUACCAACAGUAUCACAACCAGACAGACUGGAUCAGGUGCUGCAGCUGCAGUCUCUCCAGUCCUACCAGAACAAGGCUGUUCCCUCUGCUGCUCUGCUCUUCAUCUACAUGGACAGAGCCCACUCACUGCCUUUGAAGAAGAGUGGGAAGGAGCCAAAGGCUGGAGCUGAGCUUGUUCUGGGGGAGACAACCUACAGAACCAAGGUGUGUGAACGUACCAACUCCCCCCAGUGGGAAGAGGCUUUCUACUUCCUGGUUCGUGACCCCAGAGAGGAGAUUCUCAUAGUGAAGCUGUCCAGUGCUUGGGAUCAGGCGAUGGGUUCUCUGGUGGUACCAGUCAGAGAGCUGCUGUCACAACCAGAUCUGGUCCUGGAUCAGUGGCUGAGUUUGGAUGGAGCCUCACCUGACAGUCAGAUUCUACUGAGGGCUGAACUCAAGAUCCUGAACUCGAAGAUGACUGAGGGUGUUGGGGUACCCCAAGGCUCUGUCUCUGGUCCAGAAACUAUUAUGAGUGGGAGUUACAGUGAGGAGAAGGAACAAAUCACCAGUGAGCAGCCAGUUACUGCAACCAAUGGGGAGGAGCAACACAGUGAGGUGCCCUCUGAGGAAUCUGUUGCAAUCUCCAGCCAACCCUCUAUCUCUGAACCUGAGGAAGCAGAGGCGGUCUUUGAGGUCCCCAAAGAAGACCCCAGCCCUCCUGAGACACUCUCCACACACACCACCCCUGACCCCAGCGUUGAUACUGAGAUAGAGGAGCCAGAAGAAACUGAGGAACCUAUCACCAUCACCCAACAGUCAGUCACAGCAGACACUGAGGAGCUCCAACCCUGGCAGGGGCCAAUGGCAGGAUCUGGUACAGAGGACAUUGCCAGAGCUACAGUGUCUAGCCUUCCUUUUGUGUCUGUACCUGAGGAAGCUGAGGCCAUGCCUACUGUCAUCCCUGAAACACGCCCUCCUCACACUACCCCUCACCCAAGCUUUGGCACUGAGGGGGUGCUAAGAAUCCAUGUACUGGAGGCCCAGGAUCUGGUUGCCAUGGAUAAGCUGAUGGGGGGCCUGAAGAAGGGCAAGAGUGACCCCUAUGUCAAGAUAAACAUUGGAGGGGUCAAGUUUAAGAGUCAUGUGAUCAAGGAGAACCUCAACCCCACCUGGAACGAGAUGUUUGAGACGGUGCUGACCCCCCAGGCUGGUCAGGAGGUCCAGGUAGAGCUGUAUGAUAAAGAUAUGGAUGCUGAUGACUUCCUGGGCAGGUUUAUGAUUAGGCUGAGUGAUGUCAUCAGUUCCCAGUACACAGACCAGUGGUACACUCUGAAUGAUGUGAAGUCAGGUCGUCUUCACCUGGUACUGGAGUGGGUACCAACAGUAUCACAACCAGACAGACUGGAUCAGGUGCUGCAGCUGCAGUCUCUCCAGUCCUACCAGAACAAGGCUGUUCCCUCUGCUGCUCUGCUCUUCAUCUACAUGGACAGAGCCCACUCACUGCCUUUGAAGAAGAGUGGGAAGGAGCCUAAGGCUGGAGCUGAGCUUGUUCUGGGGGAGACAACAUAUAGAACUAAAGUGUGUGAUCGCACCAACUCCCCCCAGUGGGAUGAGGCCUUCUACUUCCUGGUUCGUUACCCCAAAGAAGAGAUGCUCAUAGUGAAGCUCUCCAGUGCUUGGGAUCAGGCGAUGGGUUCUCUGGUCGUACCAGUCAGAGAGCUGCUGUCACAACCAGAUCUGGUCCUGGAUCAGUGGCUGAGUCUGGAUGGAGCCUCACCUGACAGUCAGAUUCUACUCAGGGCUGAGCUCAAGAUUCUGGACUCUAAAAUGGUGGAGCUGAUAGGUCAGGGAACUCUGCCGUGCGCUGCAGGAAACUGUGGGCAGGUGAAGCUGUCUCUGUCCUAUGCCUCAAAGAAGAAGAAACUCACCAUCACAGUCCACGCCUGCAGGGAUCUAGAGUCGUCCAGUAAAGACGGUCUAGACACCUACGUCUCCCUCAUGCUGCUGCCAGACAAAAGCAAGGCCACCAAGAGGAAGACAAGCAUCAAGAAGAGAGACCUUAACCCAGAAUAUAACGAAAGGUUUGAGUUUGAGCUGUCUGUGGAGGAGGCCAGGCGCAGGCAUCUGAGUGUGUCGGUGAAGAACAGCAAAGCCUCCUUCAGGAGCAGCGAUCUCAUUGGACAGGUGCAGAUAGAGAUGGCUCAGAUUGACCUGGCCUCUGGGGUCACAGAAUGGUUUGACUUGAAAGAGGAAGCUGAAUAGUGGAUCUGUCUGCAGCUGUCAUACCUGUUAUACCACAGGGUUAAAGUUCACAUGUACAGCCGAACUCACGCUGAUGCCUUCCCCCACUUACCUACCACACCUACCACUGCUGCAGCCUGCCCUGUCCUAUCACCUGUCUGUCUGUUAAUGUCUAUCUCUAUAUAUCCACAUAUCAAUAUUAUCACUAAAGACAGGGUAACUCAAUAGGUCAGACAACCUGGAUUGGACCAGGAGAAAGUCUGUAUUAUAUAGUUUCAUCUGAAGUUUAUACCUAGUAUUAAUAGAUAUGAAGUAAUAGUUAAGGUCAAAAUGUGUAUAUACUUAUGAAAAGGUUGAGGGUUAUACCUGCAUACUUUAAGAACUGAUGAGGGUUGUUAUACCUGUUUAUGAAAGUUACUUUUGAAGUUUACUUUAAUAACUUGUUAGGGUUAUUUGAAGAUUAAAUGAAGGUUAUGUGUAGCUCAAUUGGUAGAGCAUGGCGCUUGUAACGCCAGGGUAGUGGGUUCGAUCCCCGGGACCACCCAUACGUAAAAAUGUAUGCGCACAUCACUGUAAGUCGCUUUGGAUAAAAGUGUCUGCUAAAUGGCAUAUUUUUAAAAGGUUAAUGUACUAAUGAAUGAUAGCUACAUGCACUUAUCUUGCUAGAGUAAUAUAUCAGUAAGGAAGGAGUUAAUGUUAUCAAGGUAAAGAGACUCUUGCCUGAACCAGGAAGUGAAUAAGGACCAGCAAAAUGCAUUGUCAGGAUACGGUAUUAGAUUGUUAUUUGAUAAUACCAAAGUAACAAACAUUAUGGAAGAUAUAUCAGGGAAUUCCAUGAUAUAUUAUGGAAUGUUGUUUGUUGUGGAAUAUUGUUAAGUAUGUCAAUACUAAUAGAAGGAUAAUGAGGAAGUGAAAUUUAAAGUACAGUAUUAUGUUUUAGAUACAGUAUGAGUCCUUGCAUAUUCAGUCUCAUGUAAUCAGAUAUCAAAUCAAAUGUAUUUAUAAAGCCCUUUUUACAUCAGCAGAUGUCACAAAGUGCUUAUACAGAAACCCAG